AGAAAAUAUAAUGCCUCGCUUGCAAUGAUGGCUUCCAAAUUGUCAUACGAAAAUGCAGAAUUUGUUCAUACCGUAAUCAGAGAUCACUGGAACAUGGAAUACUUAGGGUUCUACAACUUCUGGAACGAUUUUCGACAACAACCUUCAACUCAAGCUAUCAUGUUCCAAGAUACAAAGUAUAACCCUAACCUAAUCGUGGUUGGGUUUACUGGCACCCAUCCAUUCGAUCCAAUUGCAAUUGGGACAGAUGUGGACUUGUCGUGGAUUGAGCUUGAAGGCGUGGGAAAGGCCCAUAGUGGCUUUAUGAAAGCUCUAGGCUUACAAAAGGACAAAGGCUGGCCAAAAGAAAUAGAGAAAAGAAGUGAUCCCCAACAACAAUUUGCUUACUAUGAAAUAAGAAGCAAGCUAAGAGAAAUAUUGCAGAAGAAUGAGAGCGCUAAAUUCAUAUUAACAGGACACAGCUUGGGUGGGGCAUUGGCAAUUCUCUUUGUGACCAUUCUAGCCAUGCAUGAGGAGGCAUGGUUGUUAGAUAAGUUGGAGGGAGUGUAUACAUUUGGGCAACCAAGGGUUGGAAACAAGCAGUUUGGGGAUUACAUGAAGGCAAAGUUGAACGAGAAUGAUGUGAAGUAUCUAAGAUAUGUUUACUGCAAUGACUUGGUGCCUAGGGUCCCUUAUGACGAUGACAGUAUAUUCUUUGAGCACUUCUCUCCCGUCCUCUACUACAAUGUGUACUACAACGAGAAGGUUUUAUGGGAGGAACCAAAUAAGAACUACUUCUCACUACUAUGGGUAAUACCUAAGUACCUAAAUGCAGUUUUGGAGUUGAUCCGAAGUUUCAUAAUCCCAUAUAUCAGAGGUUCAGAAUACAAAGAAAGUUGGUUGAUGAAAAUGUUUAGAGUGUUCGGAUUGAUAAUUCCCGGAUUAGCAGCACAUAGUCCUCAAGAUUAUGUUAACGUCACUCGAUUGGGAUCCUUACCUAUAGACCUCCAGAACUCACUUGGGCAAAGAAAUUCUAAAGUUGGUUUACCAAAGAAAUCACAAUAGCUUAUAUAAAGGCUUUCAGGUUUCUCUGAAGGAACCAACAACUCCUUUUAGGAUUUAAAUUGUAAUGUCAUUUUCUUUUUCCAACUUUGUUUAGAGAGAAAUAAUUGACUUGUGAA